ACAGUCGAAUCCCGACGCAGGUCGCGUUAUUGUCGCCGGUCGGUCGCGGUCGCGAGCACGUGUUCUCGGGGCCGUCAUCCCCCCCACCAAAAAAAAUCUUACUACUGUCAAAACUUUAUAGUAUCCGUCAAAAGAAAAACAACAAUGAUGACACGAACCGUCUAAAAAGAUUGUGACAGUUUCUUUCGAAUAAAUAAAGACUUUUGCAAAAAAUACAAUUCCUUUUUUGUCAAAAUUAACUUAAACGUUAAAUUUAGUUUUUGUUGAAAUCGUCGUCGUCCUUGCAAAGUGCCUUCUUUUUUGUGUUUUUAAUUGUGUGUUUUUCGUUUUAUUUUUGGAUUUAUUAAGCGUUUUGGAUUGGGUUUUUUUGAUUUUGUCUGCGUCUUUUUUGUUUAUUUUGUUUUGAAGAAUUGUUACUGUUAUGUUGUUUGUUAUUUGUUGUUGUGCGUAAAAGAAAUGUGAAAAGAAACAAACUACCCUGCUUCGGGACUGAUUUCCAACGGUGUUACUUUUUUAAUCUUCUCCUGGGGAGGAUGUCGCGUCGCAAGCAGAGCAACCCUAAGCCGCUUAAAAGCGAUACCGUUGAAAAGUUACCAUGCAGUAUAGAGUACAAAGAAGAACCAGAAUCAAACCGAAAAGGUGAAGACGAGGAAUGGGGAGGCGACGCAGACGCGAUGACGACAGAUGAACCGCCUACAGCUGAAGUAGACGAGAAAAAAUCAGUAAAAGACGAUGACGAAGAAAAGAAAGAAACGAAACCCGAAGACGUCACCCCGAGGAUAAGGUUGAAAACGAAUCUAGCAACGGAUCCAGCGUUACAACCACAAGCAGUUUCCGUAGCAAACCUAAAAACGGAACGACGAGACGACUCUCAAGACUCGAACGUCGCGAGUACCGGGGAUUAUUUGUCCAUACCCCAAGCCAUACAAUCGGUGUUAGCUAGAGGACUUUUUAUUCCGGCAAAUUUACCUUUACCCGAAACGUCUCCAAGAAGUGAAAGUGAAGUGAGGUCAACUCAACCGACCGUCCCAAUUUUUAUUUGUCCUCCAUGCGGAAUCAGGUUUUCUUCAUUAAGUACUUUAGAAGCGCACCAAACAUAUUAUUGUUCACAUAGAACUAAUAAAAAUACCGACGAUGACGCUAAAUCAGUAACCGGAAAUGAAAAUAAUAGUGGGAACCAAUCGGAUCAAGAUCCAAGUGAAAAUCCCACGAAAGCGCCCAAAACUGGGAAACAAUACACUUGCACCCAUUGUUCUUACAGUGCCGAUAAAAAAGUCAGUUUAAAUCGACACAUGAGGAUGCAUGCUGUCAGUCCAAGUCCAGCGAAUUCUGUCCCGAACGUUAGUAAUGGAGAAACGAGUAACGAGAGCAUCCAAGAUCGAUAUUGUGCAGAAUGUGACAUUCGGUUUAGUUCGCAAAAGACAUACAGAGCUCAUAAGACCCAUUACUGUAGUUCGAGACAUAUGGUGAAACCAACGGCCACAUCAGUUACCAGCACGACUAAAACAACUUCGAGUUGUACAUCAGGUUCAACGCCAACAUCACCCGUAGAUACUUCUUGUAGAACACCACCAUCCCCCAACCAAAACGUCCCACCUCAACAACAUUUAUUAGCUUUACCAACCAAUCCUAUCAUAAUCGUGCCAUAUAGUCUCUUUAGAAGUGCUAGUUUACUUCCAAACGUUAUUCCAAGUUUAUCAGGAAUGACAAACACGGACACACCAUGUUUUUUAUAUCCAAAUGGAACCCUCCAACCCUUAUCCCAAGCAUUAGCAUCAACCACAAAUACUUCAACAAACGAAGUUUUAAAAACGGUGAAUUCAAAAAAUAUAAACACAAAAGAAAUUGUUUUGCCCAAGGAUAACUCAUCGAGUAAUUCCACCCCGUUGGAUUUAAGUAUAAGAAAAUCACCAGAAAUUAGAGAUUUAGUCAUAGAUCUUGGGGAUGAUAACGAAAAAGAAAACAAAAAAAGGAAAUCACCUUCACCAGAAAAAAUCGAAUGCGUUCCCUCCAUAAGGGGAUCACCACCGUUAACCCCAACGUCAGGUGUUUCCCCAUCGUUUAGUAUAUCUCCAAAACGAAAGCACGACCAAUUGGAUGCUACUUCAAGAAGUAAUAGUCCCAGACAACAACAUUCACGAUUAACACCAAAAUCCGGCUCGGAUCUCGAUCGAUUACAAUCAAGUCCAGAAACAACUCCUCAAACCACCCUCGGAGUCACUCCUUACCCAUUACAAUCUCUUUUAAGAUCCGGAGGACCGUUAUCUUUACUCUCACCGGAACUCCAAUUGAGACUGUCAUCAACGGAAUUUCCUCAAAUACCAGUUGCCCCUCAAGUUUUGGUUAAACAAGGCGUUUCAAAGUGCAAAGAAUGUAACAUCGUUUUCUGCAAACACGAAAACUAUGUAAUACAUAAAAAGCAUUAUUGUUCGGCGAGAACUCAAGAAGAUGAAGCUUCAAAAAAUGCAAGUCCGCCGACUAGCCCAGGAAGCGCGGGAACCAGUAGUCCUGCCGGUCAAUAUCAACAAUUGAUCUGCAUGGCUUGUGGCAUCAAAUUCACAUCUUUGGAUAAUUUGAAUGCUCAUCAAGCUUACUAUUGUUUAAAAAGAAACGAAGUGGAUACAAGAAGAUGCGGGCGAUGUCGUGGGGUCGCCGAACCCGGUCAUCAAUGCGUAGCCGCUUCUAAUAUGGGGUAUAAAUGCCCAUGUUGUGAUUUCGUUAGUCCUACUCCAAGCGCAGCACAAAGACACAUGGAAUCACAUUCUGGGGUGAAAGCCUAUCGAUGUACUAUUUGUAGGUAUAAAGGAAAUACUUUGAGGGGAAUGAGAACUCAUAUUAGGAUGCAUUUUGAUAAGAGAUCACCUGAUUUACAAGAAGAAAAUUACAUAACAUAUAUAAUGGAUGAUGAAUCCACAACGGAAACUUUACCACCACAAAUCCAAUCAACACCAAACUCUUCCAUAGAUGAUCGAGCAACUUCCCCAAGUUCAGAAAAUUCAAAAGACGCCAUUCAUCAAUGUAAUUUAUGUUCAUAUAGUUCAACUUAUAAAGCGAAUGUUGUAAGACAUGUUAAGCUCGUCCAUGAUGUUGUCCAAAGUAGUGGGCCAAUGUCAAAUGGUUCCGAUAAAAGUCGUAACGCGAAAGAUCUGGAUGAAGAAGAAGAGAUAAUCAUAAAAAAAGAAGCGAUGGAACCCGAAGUGAUAAUAGCACCGGUUGAAGAAACGGUUAAAGAGGAAUUUGUUGAAGUUGCUAAAGAUGUGAAGCCACCAAAAAUUUCUUUGGCGGAAGAAGCGGAUAUUUUACAAGAAGCCGCGAAACCCGGUCCGAAAUAUUGUAAAUCUUGCGAUAUUUCCUUCAAUUAUUACAAUAGUUUUGUGGCGCACAAGAAAUUUUAUUGUUCGAGCCAUGCUGGAGAAAUAGCCGUUAAUAAUACUAAUAAUAAUAACCCGACGACGAGGGCCGCGGAAACGUCGGUUUUAUGAAAAAGGAAGAAAAGUAAUAAUAAUACCAAGGGGAAGUGUAAAUAACGACGAUUAUGAGUAGGAACUUUUUAGUGUUAAAACUGGCCAGUCCUAAAAAAAAACGUAUACGCAAAUUCGUUGUUUUAAAAAAAGAAACAUCUCAAUGUUGUUGGAAUUUAAGA